AGCAGAAGUUCAAAAUUUCCAGAGCAUUAGAAAGACUUAUGAGCAAAGGAAAUAUCUACUUCUCCUAAAGACUGUAAAGACAGUAGAAAUGGAAGAUUGCGAGGUCCAGUAUGCUACUGUGGUUUUCAGAAACAGGAGACCCCCAAGAGCUAAAAACGAGGAAGAGGUUGUAUACGAUGAAGUGAAGAAACCCAACCAAUCGUCUCAGCAAACAUUUGACACAAAUGGACUUUUGUCAGACAAGGAAGCAGAAAGAAGAUACUGGUAUCAAAAGUUUGCUUGUUGCUUUGGGAGUCUGUGUGUGAUUUUGGUGAUGAUGAUCAUUGGAGUCAGCGUUUACUUACUACUUCAGCAGAGGAGUGAUGAACAGCAGCUGACACAGCUGAGAACAAAUCAAACAUUUCUACUGGAGGAAAAUAUCAACCUGACAAGAGACAACAAAAAACUCAGCUCAGAUUUCACCAUCCAGGUUUACAACUUGACACAACAAAAACAAAACCUAACAGAAGAACUGAGUCAAGUUAAAAAGACAAACCAGGACCUGCAGACAGAUAAGGAAACUCUCUCAAGACAAAUUGAAACCAUAAAGAAAACUUGGACUGAGCAGAAACUCAGGAUCAUAAAUGAAUACUGUCACAGAAGAAACAACGAUAGAAGCAGUUCUUGUGAGAGCGGCUGGACUCACUGUCAGUCCAGCUGCUAUGCAGUUAACAAUGUUAGACCUACGGAACGUAAAACCUGGACAGAAGCACAAGAAGAUUGCAAAAGAAAAACUUCAGUUCUGACUGUUGUUGGUAGUGAAGAAGAAAAGUUGUUUCUUGAUAACACCAGUUGGAAUGGAGAUGGAAUUACAGGAUACUGGAUUGGACUCAGAGCUGAAGGAGGGAGAUGGAAAUGGAUCAAUGGAAGUGAUCUGACCAAUCAAGUCUGGAUACCGAAGCAGCCUGUUGAUGAUUACUGUGUAACUUCUCUCCAGAACCGAGAAUGGACCUCAGUGAGAUGUACUGAAAGAAACGCCUGGGUCUGUGAGAAGAAGGCUUUAUCUGUUUAAACAUGAAAUAUUCAACUUCUAGAGGUUAUUUAGAAAAAUGUAAACAUAUCUAUUCUUUAGUUCUAUUGUUAAAUUUUUUCCACAAGUUCUAAGCAGUUAUAGUUUAUUUUUGAAUAAAUUUAACAUAGCAAUGUUAUUUCAAUUACUGUACUUUUUAUUAUUUAAGCUGUAAAAUUGCUUAGUGAGUGCAUUCCACCUUUAUUGAUCUCAACGUAAUUUUACUAUGAUGAAGUAAACAGAAUUUAGAAAAAGUUAGCUUCUUUCGGUGACAUACAGUAAUAAUUCAUUUCACACAUUUGAAAUUAUUUUCUACAGUUUGUUUCAGGGCCAAACUAAAUAAGCAUAGAGACUUAGGACUGGUGUUUCUGUUCUCUUUAGCUUUUCUAUUUUUACAGUUGACAAUUUUCAUCCAGCAGGGGGUGCUGCUGCUUUACUCCCAAAAAUGACUGCUUCAAUGAAAUAGAAAUAUUUUUAAAUGUUGAGGUGAUGUGUCAUAUUACAAGUUUCAAUGCACGUGCUUCUUUUAACAUUGUUGUUGUGAAUAAAAAUAAAGUAUGAAAUGCUAGUGA